AUGAGCCCUCUUGCGUAUAUCUUGUUUGGAGGGACAAUCGGCCUGGGAAUGCAUCAUGGUCUCUUCAUCCAUGGCGAAUGGCAUAUCCAAGCUCCCUUGAUUGUCCUUUAUCAUUUUACCUGCUUCUCUGUCCUGUUGAUGACCAUCAGUCAUGCCGAAUGGUUGAUCGGGGGUUAUCUUCUCUCCCUCUACACUAGCAUUGCCGUCUACCGGCUCUUCUAUCAUCGAUUGAAUUCCUUUUCUGGCCCGGUGCUGGCGCGGACGACCAAGCUAUGGCAUGUGUGGAAAGCACGCCAUCGCCAGAACCAUCUCGUCUUGCUUGAUCUCUACCAGAGAUAUGGGGAAGUCGUGCGAACCGGUCCCAGCGAGGUCACCGUCUUCCAUCCAGACGUCUUCAUGGCCAUUGAUGGACCAACGAACAAAUGCGUCAAGUCGGAAUGGUACGAUCUGUUGCAUCCCGACCGCGCACUGGUGACGGUGCGAGUCAAGGAAGUGCAUUCGGCACGCCGUCGGCAGUGGAAUCGAGGAUUCUCCUCCAAGGCCCUCGAUCAAUACUCGGAGCGAAUCCUCGCCUUCAUCGACCAGCUGGACCACUGCAUCGAGAAAGACAUUGCCGCUGGCCGUGUCUCCGAGGCCACCGACUUGUUCUACUGGCUGGGAUUCGACCGCAUGGGCGACUUCAUCUUCAGUCGAACCUUUGACAUGCUCUCCCGACAGGCAUGGCAUCAUAUCAUUCUCCUGUUGCAGCGGGCGCUGUCGAUCCUGGGCCCCCUCAGCCCGGUCCCAUGGCUGAUCCAUAUCGCUUUCAAGCUCUUCCCGCGGGUUUGGGUCCUGCGCGACUGGUUUAACAUGAUGACCUGGUGCGAGGCCCAGAUGCGCAAGCGCAUGCAGGUUAUGCCCGACGAUCCCACCAAGGUUCCCGACGUCGCCCACUACCUCAUCCAGGACGCCAACGACAGCCCCCAGGACAAAGGCUGGCUCACUGGCGAUAGCAUCCUGGCCAUCGUGGCCGGUAGCGAGCCUACGGCUGCCGUUCUCGUGGGCGUCUUUACCGAACUAGCCAGGCAUCCCCAGCAUGCGGAGACGAUCCGGCGGGAGAUGCAGCAGCUCGAUAUCCGCGACGCUCGGGCUCUCGCACAGCAUUGUCCGCAUCUCGACGCGGUGAUCUUCGAGGCGCUACGACUCUAUCCAGCCCUGCCGACCGGGGGAAACCGCAAGACGUUGCAGGAGGGCACGACGAUCGGAGGCACGUUUAUUCCUCCCGAGACGACGAUAGUGGCGCCGCGGUUCGUCAUUUCCAGAAGAGAGGACUGCUUUGAGCAAGCCGAUCAGUUCAUUCCGGAACGCUGGACGACGCGACCAGAAAUGGUCCGCAAUCGCGCAGCCUUUGCCCCAUUUGGAACAGGCCACCAUAGCUGUCUAGGCCGAGCGCUGGCCAUGAACGACAUGCGUCUGGUGACGGCACGACUGGUGCAAAAGUACAACUUCCGCUUCCCACCCGGCGACAAGGGCGAGGCUGUCUUGCGGGAUCUGAGGGAUCAGUUCACCUCGAACCCGGGUCGGUUGCGAUUGAUCUUUGAAGUACGGAAGAAGAGGAACCCGAGUGACUCGGAUUAG